AUGCAACUAAAUGAAGAACAAUAAGAAAAAGACAAUGAAGUCGAUUAUUAGCAUGUCUAUAAUUCAAGUUUGUUUCGUAAAUUAACAACUCAAUAAAUAAGAAAGAUUCUUAAUCCUUACAAGUAAAAUGCAAAAGAAGUUUUAUAAGAGUUAUCAAAUCAAAUUGACACCUUGGAAGAAGGGUUGAAGAAAUAUCAAAAUGAAAACACUAUGAUACCACCUAGUAAAUAAUAGAUUUUGGAUAUUCUCUAACAAAACACUGCAUUUACACCAACUGAAUCUAUCCAGUCAUUAUUAUCAGAGAAAACAAAACUGAAAACCAGUUACCUUCAUGUUGAUAAUCUCUACAUAAAUCAGGAUGAACAUAUCCCUUAAACCAAAUUGGAGAUUAUGCAAAUGGCUUUGUCUAACAAGACCAUUCAAAAACAAUAACGAAAGGCUAUCAAAUCAGAUGAUCUAUAAAAAAAGAGAAAGAUUAUCAUGCAAAUUCAAUAGAGGAUAAACUAAGAUGAAAUUUUGAGAAAGAAGAAAGAGGAAGAAGAGAGACUACGAUUAUUGGAAAAAUAAGCUAGAGAGGUAGAUGUUGGAUAAUUGACUUUAAAUAUGAUUUCAGAUCUAAGGAAAAAAUAUUUUAAUGAAUUAGUUUCCACAGAUACAGAUGAAAAGUUCAAGAGAAUUAAGGAAAUUAAAGAAGUCUAUGUUCCAUAAUAACUAAAUAAAGUUAAAGAAGGAUAUCAAAAAUAAUAAUAAGAGAAACUAAAGCAUGAUUUAGUAUCAAAGAAAUCGCAAUUCAAUUCAUACUAUUAAUUGCUUGCUCUUGAGAGAACUAUGAAAAGUGUAGUUGCUUUGAAACUUAAACCAGAAAUCAAAUCCUAUUCGAGAUUUAAAGGAGCUGAAAUUCCAAAGAAUUAUUCAUCAAUCAAUAGUAUUGUUAAGGGUAUCAUUCAUACAUCCAAAAAUUCAGAAAACAAAGGAUUUAAUUGA